GCCCUCGGUUGCACUCCAGGUAAACAUCUGUUGUAAAAUACAUCGAAGCAACACGUGUUGACAAAGGAUGGAGGGGAAACGGAAAGGUGGUGAGUCAUUAGGCUCGAUGGACCAACAGUUUGAGAUAAAGAUAGAACGAUCAGUAUCCACAGACAAAACCGAUGUCCUGGAGGAGUUGAUCCAGCUAUUACGAAGCCUGUUAGAGUAUUGUCUCUGCUGUCUUUCCUGUGGAUGUAUCCCGUUACCACAACAGACUGGCGGCCUGGUCGAUGAUAGCUAUGAAAUGAUUUUACUGGAGAGUGAGAGACAGGCUGUUGGCAACCUCCUACAUUAUCUAGAGCAUGAAGCUAAUGGUGAACCUGUAUUGAAUGAGGAACAUGUCAGGGCCCUUAGUAUAUUGGCUUACUCCGACAACGUUGAACUACAGAAAUCAGCAGCGCUGUGCUUUACUGAGAUCAGUGAGAGAACUAAAGCCCCACUAACCAUUCCCGUGGCAAAGCCGUUAGUUAAGCUCCUUAGGUCUCGAGACCUCCAGGUACAGAAAUCAGCGACGCUGGCAGUGAGCAACUUCACCCUCCAAGGCCCAGAUUCAAACAAGGCCACUAUUGGAACAUGUGGAGGAGUAGAGGCCCUAGUGUGUCUACUUCAGUCGAGUAAUACAGACGUCCAAUGUAAUACUGCAGGAUGUAUCACAACUCUAGCCACCACAGAUGCCAACAAACAGCAGAUCAUUGAACAUCAGGCCAUUCAUCCUCUACUUAGGCUGAUGAAGUCACAAGAUUUGAGGGUACAGAGAAACGCUGCUGGUGCUGUUUUAAACCUUACUCACCUACAAAAUCACCGGAACGAUUUAGUGGCUGGAGGUGUGAUUCCUGUACUGGUUGACCUCCUCCAGUCCCCAGACCAGGACAUACAGUACUACAGUGCCGCCUCCCUCAGUAACAUCGCUGUCAACGAAAAACACAGAGCUCUUAUGGUCGCCAUCGGCCACACUGACGUCAUUAGAAAUCUCAUCAGACUCGUAUCAGCCAAGGAAGAAAAGGUACAAUGUCAGGCGUGUCUUGCCUUGAGGAAUCUCGCUUCUGAUGGUAAUAACCAACCCCUGAUUGUGAAAUACGGGGCAUUGCCACGCUUACAGAAGGUGCUGAGGACAGGACACAAGGACACACUUGUGGCAGCGGUGGCUUGUCUCCGGAACCUGUCUAUACACAAAGCCAAUGAGGUGGUGAUUAUGACAAGUAACUUUGUGAUAGACCUAUGCCACGUCAUGUGUGACAGCCACAACCCUGAGGCUCAGAGACACGCGGCAGGGAUCAUACGUAACUUGGCUGUGGGCCAGUACAUCAGGGACCUUAUAGAACACGACUGUGUGGAGGCCUUGACCUUCGUCCUGCUCGGGCUAGAGACCAGGAUGAAUACACUGAAGGAGGUGACAGCUGCUCUGGCCGUGUUUGCUGAUGAAGAUGAUGUCAAAUACAAGCUGCUUCAUCUACAUGGUGGAAAAGUUUUCAGUAAACUGGUUACCUUGGCAACGCUGUCCACCCAAUCAGAGGUCCAGUACAACAGUGUGGGAACCCUGGGUCAGUUAUUUCUUGUAGAAAUCCCUGAGGAGCUGAAGACGGUGAACAUCAACGGGAUAGUGCUAUAUAUAGACACCUUCCUCAAAUCACCCGACCCCAACUUUAUACACAUAGCCCUCUGGACAUUGGUACAGCUUCUCAAAGAUCCUGUAUUCCUCAAGUCGUUUCAAGAUCACAGUAUCGCGCCAGUCAUUGUCAAGCUAGCCUCGGCGUUACAGCCCUCCACCAUUGAAGAGCUCGCCACAACUGUGCUGAAAAAGCUUCGAGGGGAAGAGGAGUCGACCUCUAGUGAUGACUGAGGGUUGAUGCAAGGAGUUUAAAGAUCACUUUUAUAGGACACAAUAUUUAUGAUUUUAGUCAAUCAUCUUUUGUACGUUUUAGUUACAGCUUUAGAAGUGAAAGUUGGUCAACUAGUUGUAUCAUUGUGACAUAGUAUCUUUUUCACAUUUGAAUCCAGUUUACCGGAGCCGCGGUGGUCGGGUGGUUACAUAUUGUAAGGCGUCUGACAUUCUGCUACCACUAGCCCUCCUCCACAGGGUGGUGGGUUCGAGGCCUACCUGGGGCAGUCUCCAGGUGCUAACCUCCAGUCGGUGGAUUUUCCCUGGGUACUCCGGAUUCCUCCACCACCAAAACCUGGCACUUCCUUAUAUGACCAAAGCUGUUGAUAGGACGUAAAACACAAUCAAAUUACCUGGUGAAUUUUGAGAUAUUAUAAGAUUGUUACAGAACUGUUC